AGAAACUGAAAAUAACGAAGAUAGAAAAUGGGAAAUUAAAGUUUUUUUUGCCUAGGAAGUGAUUUCAGGAGUUAGAAUGGUGGUUGUUUUCUCCGCUAUUCUCAGUAUACUUGUUACUAUAGGAAUGGCGGAGAUUCCAGAUGCUUCUUCCUUCAAAGAUUCUUUAAAGCGACGUAUAUGUUUGGAAGGGAAAUCUCAGAUCUUACCACGUACUUCAGUUAAUACGACCAAGAAAUUGUCAGAUUUAAGAAGUGUGAUGAAAAGAUCAAGGAUACAAGCCUAUAUCGUACCUUCUACGGACGCACACCAGAGCGAAGAUGUUGCGCCACAGUAUCAACGAAGGAAGUUCAUUUCUGGAUUUAGUGGAUCUCAUGGGACCGCAAUCAUAACAUACGAAAAGGCUGCUCUUUGGACAGAUGGAAGAUACUUUCUCCAAGCAGAUAUGGAAUUAGACUGUAACUGGAUUUUACAACAAGAAGGAAUGAAAGGAACUCCAAGUCUUUCCCAAUGGCUAAUUGACAGUCUACCAAAGGGGUCCAGCGUAGGAGUUGAUCCUUUUCUUAUUUCCAUAUGCGAAUGGGAUCGAAUGUUGAAGGAGCUCAAGGAACAUAAUAUUGAGUUGAUUCCUGUCACACAAAACCUGGUUGAUGUUGUUUGGCCCUCCAGACCACAGCCAGAACCAAGGAAAAUGAUUGUCCUCGAUAUUUCUUACUCAGGUAGAAGUUGGCAAGACAAAAUCAUAGCUUUGCGCGGGUUCUUGGAGGCCAGAUCAGCGACUGCCGUUGUACUCGAAAAACUGGAUGAAAUAGCAUGGCUUUUGAAUCUCCGUGGAUUUGAUGUCAAUUAUACCCCAGUUUUCUUCUCCUAUGUUACAGUAACAAAGGACAGUGUUUCGCUGUUCACAGAUCGUAACAAGGUGACGCCAGCAGUGAAAAGACAUCUGAAAGUUAAAAAUUGUAACCGCCGAAAUGAAAAGCACCUGUGUGUACAACUUGAGCUAUAUGAAGCUAUCCGGGAAGCUGUGAAAAGGCUGGCUGAAUGCAAAAAUGCCAAAAUAUUGGUUAGCACAUCCUCAAGCCAUGGAAUAAGAGUGAACAUUCCCAAGGAAAAUUUGCUAAUAGACGAGUCGCCAGUUGCUUUACCAAAAGCAAUAAAAAAUCCAACAGAAAUUCGUGGAAUGAGAAAUGCCAAUGUGAAGGACUGCGUGGCGCUUUGUCAGUUUUUUGCUUGGAUUGAACGUGAGAUUUCAUUGAAUUCAACAAAGCUGACGGAAUUGACGACUGAGGCAAAGUUGUUAUACUUUAGAACGCUGGAGAAGAAUUUUAUGAGUCCAAGUUUUCCUACGAUUUCUGGUUUUGGAUCCAACAGCGCUAUAAUCCAUUGGCCUAGAGAUGGGACAACAGACACAACAAGGACAGUUCAUUUCGGCGUUCCAACAAAACACCAGAGGGAUUGCUACACGAGAGUUUUAAAGGGACAUAUUGACAUUGCCAGUGCAGUGUUUCCCAAUGAUACGUAUGGACCCCAGUGUAUAGCUCCAGGAUUUCCCAUAGAGGACGAGAAAAUUUUGAUGCCUGGAAUGAUUCUAUCUGACGAACCCGGAUAUUAUGAAGAUGGCCACUUUGGAGUCCGACUUGAAACAGCUGUGCUUGUGAAAGUUGCCAAAACAAAGUACCAUUUCGAUGGAGUGGGCUAUCUUGAGUUCGAACCCGUAACAUUUUUACCGUUUCAAAGAAACCUUAUUGACGUGUCGUUGUUGAGCAAGUCGCAGGUCGACUGGUUGAAUGAGUAUCAUGAAAGGACAAGAGAGGUUAUAGGAGGGGAGCUCCGAAGACGGAAAAGGGAAAUGGCUUUGAAGUGGCUCAUGAAGGAAACGGAGCCUUUGAAGUAUUUCUCAUAGUGUUACUUAGAACCGGUGUAUAUGUGGUUUCUACAAUAUAACGAUACACCCAAACAUCACUUUUGUUUUUAAUUUUGUUUGUUUGCUUAUUUUUGAUGCGAAUGAUCAAAGAUGAAAAUGGGUAGACAACGUAAUUCUCAGUCACUACAAGUUUUCAGGUGAUUGACGCAGAAAAAGAAAAAUCUUACUUACUACAACAAAGCUUUACGGGAAUUUUUAUCUGUUUUUAUCAAAAAGACCUCUAAACUUGUACUUGUGCGUUUGCACCAAGGUACGGGCUCUUCAUUUAAGUAAACGUAAACUUGACAUAGGGGACAAGGUUGAUGGCUCUGUCUUGGACAAUCCGGAAUCAACAGGCGAUGUCAUCUUCAAUUGCAAAUGAUAAUUAUCAUUGAAAACAAAGAGCGUAAGAAAAGAAGAGAAAAGAAAAGAAGAGAAAAGAAAAAUCGUUCUGAAGCAGUCACUGGACUUUUUUUUUUAUCACGAGUCCAGCCGCUUAUUUGCUUGUGGCACUAUUUAUGAAACUGUUAGUGUUUACAUAAAGAUUUGCAUGUGAGAACACAACAUCCCGAGCAUGUUUUUAAAGACACCUGGUGAAUCUCUUCCAACGGCUCAACAAGUCAACCACGGUAGCCGAGUUAAUUUUGUGUUCACCAAAAUUUGUCAUCUACACUUCUACGUUCAAUCAAUAAAGUUGCAGUGUAAAGUUA